AUGGUCCUAAACCAGAUUCUACCUGCUCUUGGUAUCUCCCAGGGCAGGUACACACGGAUCAUGGGCACUGAUUUUCUUCCGAGCUGGACAAUUGACGCAAAUCCCGUUGACAACGAGAAUGGCUUCGAGAUCAAGGAGAAACAACCGUCAAUGGAUGUCAAUCAGGCUUCUCAACAAAGGCGUGUCGGUGUGAGGCAGAGUGUUAUUGUCGCGUCACGGAUUAUCCUGCCGUCCUUCAUCAGCAACAGGCUCUAUAGCCGAUCUAGACCGAAGAGCACAACACCGCCUCGGCCAACGGCGUAUUUCGACGGGCUUCGCGGAGUCGCCGCUUUCAUUGUGUACAUAUUCCACUACUCUUAUCUCUGGUUCCCAAUCCUACGCAACGGCUACGGAUCUGCUGAGUCAAACCACCUGUUUUGGCAAUUACCAAUCAUCAGGGUGAUUCAUUCUGGGAGAGCAAGCGUGUCCAUUUUCUUCCUGAUCUCCGGCUUUGUGUUGUCCGUUAAGACGAUAUCAAUCAUCAAAGCGAGUGGUUCCAAACUAAACAGCGAGAAAGUUCUGGAUUCAAUCUCGGGGUCAGUCUUUCGCAGACCGUUCCGGCUUUACCCUUCAAUCGUCGUCCAAACGGCCAUCAUCGCGGUGCUGGCUCGCUGGCCUACUCUUCAUCAGCCAAUAGUCGACAACAACCCAGCAACCAUUCCUCCGACCCUUCGAACUGCCUCUGAACAGUUUUGGCACUGGCUAUCGGUACUGGGCGGCCAAUUCAAUCCAUUUCAAUUUGCCCCUGGGCGUACGACACAGUUCCCAAAUCCAUACGACGGUCACUUGUGGACCAUUCCGGUCGAGUGGAACGGGUCAAUGAUGAUAUUUCUGUUAAUGAUUGCCCUCUGUCGCUCAAAGACAUGGGUCAGAACCUCCGUCCUGCUGUUCAUUAUAGCGUGGGCCUUUCAGCUAGGAUUCUGUGACCAGGCUAUGUUCCUGGCUGGCCCAGUGCUAGCUGAGUUGUCGAUUACAUGGCCGCCCUUCCACGAAUACAGCUUAUCAGACGAGGAGAAUGUAAAUGAUGGUGAGGCAAAAUUUGGGCAGAAGCAUUGGAAAAAUUACGGAUUGAUCCAUUAUCUCGGCCACGCCACGACUAUCUUUUGGUUUCUCCUUGGCUGCCACCUCUGCUCUUGGCCAGAGAGUCUGGGCGCGCAGUCCACAGGAUACCAGACACUUGCCGCGAAGUACACGCCCGCCCCAUACCACGGAAACGAGACCAUGACGCAGUUUUUCUGGCUAUCCUGGGGCGGCAUCCUCAUAAUGCUAGCGCUGAUGUACUCGCCACCUAUCCGACAGAACGGCAACGACGAGCCACUAUUGCAGCGCCUGUUCACAAACCGUUUUGCCUCAUAUCUAGGCGACCUUAGUUACUCCAUGUACCUCUGUCAUAGCAGCGUCAAUGAGAUUGUCGGAAUGCGAUAUCUGCGUCCCGCAUGGUAUGCAUGGAUGGAUGCGGACAAAGAAGCCCAGUCUCUUGUGCAGCAAAACCAACUUGAUGCUGCGCAAGUGAUAUGGGACGAAGCAAACGCGAGGUACAUGAGGAGGUGGGUUAUGGGGGCAUUUGUAAACACGUUUGUGCUUUUCUGGGUGAGCGAUCUGUUCAACAGGGCUGUAGAUGCGAGAUCCGUGAGGUUUACGAAGAAAGUCAGCGAAUGGGCAAAGAAGAGGUAUUAA